AUGUUAAAGAGACCGGCAGAUCGCCUUGUUCAACGAGUUCUGAGGAGUUUGCCGGGUUCAAGCUGGAAGAAGCCACCUGGCCGAAAACGGAAGUUCUGGACUGAGGCGGUGAAGGAGGACGUUAGGACACUCGGCGUGGAUAGGCAGUUCAGGCGAGACGUAAGGUUUCGCAGAAUAUGGAAUAGCGACGAAUGGAUUGAUUCUGUGCAAGCUCUCGCAGAAGAUCGAGAAGGUUGGGCAGAGCUGUGUUCAAGGACGGCACACCUCGGCGAAGAUGCGGGUAAUCGCGUCAGGCGAUGA